UGGACACCUUGGCUUCCUUGCUACCCUUCGAGCAGAACAUCCUCAGCAAGCUCGACAGGCUCUCCAUACUGCGGCUAUCCGUCAGCUACCUUAGGACGAAGAGCUAUUUUCAAGUGGUCAUGCACAAAGACAAGGAGGAUAUCCACGGGCAUCGGAGGGAGCACUCGCCGUACGACCACGCCAUGCCCGACGGGGAAAUGUUCCUUCAGGCACUCAACGGGUUCCUGAUGAUCUUAACGUGCGAAGGAGAGGUGUUCUUCGCGACGCACAGCAUCGAGAGUUACUUAGGCUUCCAUCAGUCGGACAUAGUCCACCAAUCAGUAUACGAGCUGGUCCACUCAGAAGACCGGGAAGAGCUCCAGAGGCAGCUGCUUUGGAACUCGUUCCUUCCGCCGGAAGUGAGCAGCCUGACGCUACAGGACGCGCUCAGGCCAGACAGGACGCAUCUACUCGAGAGGAGCUUUACCGUGCGCUUCCGGUGCUUACUGGACAACACCUCGGGCUUUUUGAGGUUAGACAUACGGGGCCGCAUCAAAGUCCUCCACGGGCAAAACAAGAAAACGGAAGAGCCUCCACUGGCCCUCUUCGCAAUAUGCGCGCCCUUCGGCCCUCCCAGCCUGCUGGAGAUCCCUCAGAAGGAAGUCAUGUUCAAGAGCAAGCACAAGCUUGAUCUGUCUCUAGUCUCUAUGGAUCAAAGGGGUAAAAUGCUAUUAGGAUAUACAGACGCUGAAUUGGCGAAUAUGGGUGGCUACGAUCUAGUUCAUUACGAUGACUUGGCCUAUGUGGCCAGUGCUCACCAAGAAUUAUUAAAAACAGGUGCUUCCGGGAUGAUCGCGUAUCGCUUCCAGACGAAGGACGGGCAGUGGCAGUGGCUGCAGACCUCGUCGCGGCUCGUCUACAAGAACUCCAAGCCGGACUUCGUCAUCAGCACGCAUCGGCCGCUGAUGGAGGAAGAAGGCAGAGAUUUGCUUGGCAAAAGAACGAUGGACUUCAAAGUCAGUUACCUAGAUACGGGGCUCACCAGCCUAUACUUCUCCGAGACUGAACAGCUCUCAGGCUGUGAGACCAGUGUGACCACGCCACCCAGAGCAGCCAGGCGAUAUAAAACACAGCUGAGGGACUUCCUAUCGACGUGUAGGAAUAAAAGACGAGUUCCAACCACACCAGCGCCUCCCCCAGUCGACUACCUAGCAGCUGAUGCAGUCGCAGCGGCUUAUACGAACCUAAACGGGGCGUACACAGCGCCGUACGGGGAAUACCCGCCAGCUCCCGCAUUGCAUUACGCCCCGCCGCCGUUAGACGACCGGUUCCUAACAGCGGACAACCUCUUCCACCAAUACAAGCCUCUGUCUUACCAUUAUACCCCGUACGCGCCUAAUGGCUUCCUAGAGCCGGCGCCGCCGCCUGGUUACGAAGUAGCACCGACGUAUCACAGGCCGCCAUCAAGAGAGUAUGCGUACGUGGACAGCAGCGGGAGGUAUAUGAGUCCUGUGACGGGGCAGGAGAGGAGGUCACCCAGUGUGGUCCCAGGGCCCAGUCCGGGUGGGUCGAGCGGGUCUACAGAACAGGAGCGGAUGCAGCAACCCCAGGCCGAGAUGCCCCGGCAGACGGUGCUCAUGUGGGGCGCCGGCGGGGCCGCGCAAGAAGUCCCCGUGGAGUACUCCCCACCACAGGUUUGGCGCUACCACCCCCCCUCGCACUACCACACCGCUGAGGCAACCCAAUGAAAGCUUUAGCUUUUUUCUUUCGUGCAAUCGAGUAUGCUAAGUUUCUGGUCCACGAGAGUUGAGACUCGUGAUUUUAGCAGUGAUUUUUAAUUUUUAUAUUUUUUUAUCUUUAUACAUAUCGUUUAUUUCUUUUAUACUUGUUGAAUCUAAGCAUUCAAAAGUACUUGUUACCAGAUUUAUUUUCUAAAAUCCUAAUUGAUACCUCGCUCAGUGGUUUGUAGUUAAGCUCAACGGACCUUCAUAGGAUAUAUUGGUCUUGUUAAAACAGGGUCUUUCCACUAUCUCCAUUGUAGAUAAUGUCGAUUUGUAAAUUAUAAUAAUCGAAAAAUUCUAUCCAAAUAUAUUAAAUUGAUAGUCGAUUUGUAGUUAAUCAUGGUUAAUUUUAUCACGCGAUGCAAUGUUACACACAAUAGUAUUAGUAUUUGUAAAUAAAUAUUUAUUAUUUGAUAGUUUUGAAGCUUUGGCUUGUGUUGAGGUUUAAGCUUAAUGAGUGUUCGCUUUUUUAAACUUCAUAGUAAAAAAAUGAGGCAAAGCGACACAUAGUUUGUAUUGAUAUUGGAAAAAAGUAUUACACUGCCAAAAGAUUUCAAAAAUAACUCAAGGAACAAAACAUUAAAUUGAAAACGGUUUCCUUCGCUUAGCUUCAUUUUACCAAAACAAACAAUAAUAAUUAUCUAAAUGGAACAAAACAUAUCGGAGUAAGCAUGUCACAUAGGUUAAAGAUAAUUUAGUAAAAAUAUACACAAUAUAGACGCUCCCAUUUUAUAAUGCAUUCACAUAUUUUUUCU